AUUUAUACUUUUAUAUUUCUAAUUAUUGGCAAAUAAUAAUAAAUCAUGAAAAUACUGGUGCUAUUACUGCUGGCCUGUGCCGGCUGUUUGGCCGAAAAUAUCAACAACCGUUUGGACUGCUAUUUGGAGAUUGAUAUGCAAGUGAAUGAACAACAAUGUAAAGAUAGGGGCUGUAUAUGGGACUCAAAGCCACGGCCCCCGGGAGUGCCCGUAUGUUAUUUGGACCCAAAACAAGUCGGCUAUAAAGUGCCCGCAGGUGUCAAGAAGACCGACACCGGACUGGAGGCCGAUCUCCACCUCAAAGAUACGGCCAAACGUACCCUCAAAUCCAUGCCA